UGACUUGUACUGAAGAAACACCUGUUGCACACAGGCACACAGAAAGGAGAAAUUAGAUGGAUUUUGUCCACAGCAGUGGGGUGCUGGUUAUACAGCACCUCCAGAACAACUACAGGGAACACCACGACUUUCUCAACUUCAUGUCAACAGUGGGAGAUCCUCGUAAUAUUUUCUCUGUUUAUUUCCCACUCUGGUUCCAUCUUAGUCAUAAUGUGGGCACCAAGAUGAUAUGGGUGGCUGUUAUUGGUGACUGGUUCAAUCUUAUUUUCAAAUGGCUUCUGUUUGGGCAGCGACCUUACUGGUGGGUGCAAGAAAGUCACGUCUACCACAACGACUCGUUCCCACAUUUGGAGCAAUUUCCCAUCACAUGUGAAACAGGGCCAGGAAGUCCCUCUGGUCACGCCAUGGGCUCUGCGUGUGUGUGGUAUGUGAUGAUCACCUCUGCUCUCAACUUCACCAGACCUUCCUCCACUGGCGCUUCUGUGCAGACUUUUCAAAGGUUUCGUAUUCUGAGGUCGUGUCUGUGGAUGAUUUUUUGGGUCAUUCAGAUAAGCGUGUGCAUCUCCAGGGUUUUUGUAGCAACACAUUUCCCACAUCAGGUUAUCCUUGGCCUUUUAGCUGGUAUGCUGGUUGCAGAGGUGUUUGAUCACAUCCCCUCAGUCUACAAUGCAAGCUUGAAAGCUUACCUCCAGACCAAUGUGUUUCUUUUCUCUUUAGCUGUUUGCUUUUAUCUGAUCCUCAAACUGACAGACACUGAUCCUUUGUGGUCAGUUACUAAAGCAAAGAAGUGGUGUGCCAACCCAGAUUGGAUCCAUCUUGACACCACACCUUUUGCUGGUCUGGUGAGAAACCUGGGAGCCCUGUUUGGUCUGGGUCUGGCAGUGAACUCUCAGAUGUUCAUUCAGAGCUGUAAGGGAAAGAACGGCUGCAAAACCAGGUUUAAACUCAUGUGUGUGACUGCAACUUUGACAUCCCUGCAACUGUAUGACUUUAUCAAAAUACCCACUCACACUGAGAUUCUGUUUUACAUGUUAUCAUUUUGUAAGAGUGCUUUAGUUCCUCUUGGCGUGGUUGCUGUUAUUCCCUACUGUGUUCAUUUGUUGAUCGGAGAUGAGGACAGGAAGUUAUCUUAGAUUAUGAAAGAACUGUGAAGUUUUGUGACAUUGUUCUCCACACUUUGUGAUUAAAGGAUAUCAAAUGGGCCAGAUGGAUGCACAAAUACCACCCGUCAGACUGUAACUCUAGUGUUGCACAGUCUCAUAAGCACUGAAAGUGCAGUGUAUGCUUGAUUAGAAUUGUAAAAUUGGUUUUGUAUAUUUUUUUAUGUGGUCUAACUUUAAGUGAUGUGUCGUUUUUGUCUCUUGUUUGUUUUACAUGCAUACUUUAAUUAUCUGUAUGAGUGUAUAUAUAAAGCAUCAAUGACAAGAUAUGAAACAUUUUUGUAAAUAAAACUGUUAAAUUUG